GGACAAGAAGAGGAGAAAGAGAGGGAGGGUUUGAACCGUUUUUUUAGGAGAUCUGUGAUCUUCUUGGCAGACCUGAAGGCUAGCUGUGUGAAGGGGGAAGGAGUGGAGGAGAGGAGGGCGGCAGGCUGACCACACUGGUCUACCUCUUCCUGAAAGCAACUCCGCUCAGAGAGACAGGAAGUAGAGACACAGAAAGAGGGGAGGGGGAAAGAAAGAGUCAGAGAGAGAGAGAAUACUUUUCCUGUCACCAAACUUUUUGAAAACUGUGGGACUAGAGUGUGAAAAAUAAAGAUAGAGAGGAACACAGUGUGAGAUAGAAAAGGGAGAUUGAGAACAGAUCCAAGGACAUGGAGGAGUUCUCAGGCUACCAUCAUGGAUUGUUCCAGUGGAGUUGUGUGUGACUGACAGAGGGGGUUGCUUUGAAGACGGACAUUAGGAAAGAGUUUGAGUACGAACGACAGAAUGAUGAAAACAGCUGUUCUCUCUCAGGAGACCGCAUCUACUGGGGUGAAUGCUGAGCCUCGCUCCCCACCUAGACCUCCCCUCACCCCUACCGUAUCUUCAGGAUCAACAGUACUAUUCCCCCCUCCCAGACCUGCCCUCUCCUCAGGACCACCCCUGAUGGCUCCUCCGACUCUCCCCUCCAAACCCUCCCCACCCCCUGACCCAACUCCCCCUGACCCAACUGACCCAACUCCACCUGUCUGCCUGGACUCCUCCCCCCUCCUCCCUUCACCCCUCAUACCCUCCUCACCCUCCUCACCCACACCGCCCCUCCAUUCAGCUUCUGAACCACUCCCUUCUCAAAUUGACUUGGCCGUUGAUGCCACUGACGCAACUGAUGUCCCCAAUGCCGCUGUCCCUAAGGAAUGUACUCCCCCUUAUCCAGACCCCUAGUCCUUGAUGUCCCGGAUAUCUCUACUUCCACCCUUGUCACAUCACUACCCCCUCAAGUCUUAGAGACAUCCACUCCCCCACUCCCCACACCCCUGGUACCUGAUGUCCCAGAGACAUCUACUCCUCCCAUCCCCACACCAGUACCCCCUCAAGUCUCAGAGCCCUCUACACCCCACCUUCCUGACAUCCUGGAUGUCUCUGCUCCUCCCCUCCCCUUACAUAUGUCCUCUUCAGUCCCAGAGCUCUCCUCUUCAGAACUAACCCUACCAGCACCUUCAUCUCAGCCGGUCCCAAAGCCCUCAUCUAUGCUCAUCUCUUCUCCCACUGUAACUCCCAUCUCAAAACCCUCCUCACUUCCUAUCUCUUCUCCCCACGUACCUCCUAUAGCAAAACCCCCUCUGUCCACUCCCCCCAUUCAUCCUCUCUCAAAACCCUCCUCACUUCCUAUCUCUUCUCCCCACGUGCCUCCUAUAGCAAAACCCCCUCUGUCCACUCCCCCCAUUCAUCCUCUCUCAAAACCCUCCGUACCUCCAUCUCCCCGUGUUCCUCCUUUCUCAAAGAUCUCCUCACCCCCUCUUCCUAGACCCCCAGCACCUCGAAAACUCUCUGGUCCACCCCAGCCGAGACCCCCCAUACCUCACCCUCACUCGAAAGUCAAACCCUCCUCUCCAGCUCUCCCCAGACCCCCACUUCCAUCCAUGAAGUCCUCCUCUCCCCCUCUACCCUCCCCACUAGUCCCUCUAGCUCCCAAGCCCGCCCCAGUUUCGGCCUCAUCGACAGCCCCAUCUCCUACCCAAGCCACAGCCCCACGACCAAGCAUCAGUAUCCUGGAGAAACUGAUCAAAACUUGCCCGGUGUGGUUGCAGCUGGGUAUGGCCCAGGAGAGGACCACACUCAUGCUGAAGAAAGAAAUCCCUGGGAUAUUUUUAGUGCGUAAAAGCCACGACCAGAAAUCCAUGGUGCUGUCAGUAUGUGUAUCUGACAAGCAGGAGGAGCUUCAGGUCCAGGAUAUUCUGAUUAAGGAGGAGAAGUCACUGAUGUACCUGGAAGGGUCUGUUCUGGUCUUUGAUAACAUCUUCAAACUCAUGGCCUUCUACUGUGUCAGCCGGGAUAUUCUACCCUUCACCCUGAGGUUGCCUCAGGUCAUCGUCCAGGCAACCAAGUACGAAGAUAUAGAGAUGAUAUCGACAUUAGGCUCAGAGUUCUGGGGUUCUCAGCUUCACAGCUCCUCAGAAAUGGUCAAACGUGAUGACCAGGGUCAGGGCCACAGCAGUUCAUCCUGUGAGAUCCAGCUGUCCACCGGGAAUAGUAAUGACCGUCUGUGGUACAUCAACCCUAUCUUCAUCGAGGAGUACUGCAGCAGCCUGGAGGCCUCCACCCUCGUCCCAGCUCCCAUCCACAGGAGCCAGAGUCUGAACACCCCAGGCCCGGGGCAGGUGCAGGUACCCCCCAAGUUCAAACGGCCCCCACCCAGGCCCCCAAAUGUCCCAGAGGGCUUGAUUCUGUCACAGUCGGCUAAGCAGGGUGCCAGAGGGGAAAGUGUCUCCCCCAGGUCUCCACCCCCACCGCAAACAGUAAUAGCCAAGGCAGCAGGUCAGAAAGCGGAAGGAGACAGCAGCAAAGACACUGAGGAGGGAGAAGGAGCUGCUUCUCAACUCAUCUCGGAGAAAGAGGUGCCAGUUACUGUUACUGACUCAGUAGCAGCUACUCAGCCUCUACAGCCACUGUCACCGCACAGAGCAACAGCAGGACAGAAACACCCAGCACCCCGACCACCCCCACACAGGAUACCACUCGUACCCCUUCGGCGGAAACCCUCUGAUAACCGUCCCUCAAUCCCGGGACAGGAGGGCGGUGUUGGUCCAGUGCCUGUUGCUUCACUGGUCUGCAUCGAUGACACCACUAACAUGGCAGAGGAGAAGUUAGGAGUGGAAUCUCAUGCCGGUGAGACAGAGACACUGCAGAACAAAGGGACAUCAGGGGCUUCAAACAUUAGUGAGGUUGUUACCGUGGCUAUAGCCCCGCGGACGAAGAGGGCCUCACAUCCAGUCCCGCCUCCCAGGAAGAAGAAACCCUCUCAGUUCACGCCCACCACACCUCUCUCCCGAAACGUGAUAAGCGGAGGACUUCUGUCAAUCAAUUCAUCAUCGGAUAACCCCCAGAACUUCAGCACCCCCUCGCCUGCCUCGAGGCCCACCUCCAUCCCCGUGGGGGAGGCCAGGGGGGCAGAUGUGUCCUUGUACUCCCCUGAUGGGGAAGCUGUCUUCCCUGCCCUGGAACAUGACUCCUACUCUACCAGCAGUACAGAGGAGGAGGCUGACACUGUGGCCAGCGGGACUGUAGGGACCGGUGGGACCAACAACACCAAGGUGUCGAUGAAGAGGACGCCUACCAUCAUGCUGGACCGAGCCAAGCUCCGCCUCUCCAGCGUGUUCACUAACUUCAUGAACACCGACCACAAGCUCCAGAAGAGAAUCCUAGAGCUGUUCAGGGACGGGAGCUCCUACUUUGGCACCCUGGUGAAGGACUACAGGGUGUAUAUCCUGGAGACCAUGGGGAAGCACAGCUCCAGCACUGAGCUGCUGCAGGAGAUCAGGCAGAUGAUGACCCAGCUAAAGAGUUACCUCAUCCAGAGCACUGAGCUACAGAAUAUACUGGAGCCCAACAUCUACACAGAGGACAAAUUGGAGGUGAUUAUUGAGGCUGUCCUGUGUAAGGCUAUGCUGAAGCCUCUGAGGGAGGCUGUGUAUUCAGGCCUGAAAGACAUCCACGCCAGGGACGGCUGUCUGAAGAGACUGAGGGAGAACCAGAGUGUCAUCCUGGGUACCACCACCACAGAACUGGGGAUCACCACCAGCGUCCCAGAGACCCCUGUCAUGGAGAAGAUCCAGCUGAAGUUGAUGACCCUCCACCAGGAAUACUCCCCUCAGAAGAAGAUUGAUCUGCUCCUUAAGACCUGCAAGAUCAUCUAUGAAUCCAUGUCUAUAGGCUGUCCAUCAGGGAGAGCCUAUGGUGCAGAUGACUUCCUCCCGGUGCUGAUGUACGUCCUGGCCAGGAGCAACAUGGCCUUCCUGCUACUGGAUGUAGAGUAUAUGAUGGAGCUGAUGGACCCUGCACUGCAGCUAGGAGAGGGCUCCUACUACCUGACGACUACGUAUGGAGUGUUGGAGCACAUAAAGAACUAUGAGAAGCAGGUGGUGACACGGCAGCUCAGUCUGGAGAUCCAGAACUCUAUCCACCGCUGGGAGAAGAGACGCACCCUGAACAAAGCCAGCGUGUCACGUUCAUGUGUUCAGGACUUCAUCAACGUGUCAUUCCUGGAGGCGGGGUGCAACACUAAGACCCUGAGGGUCCGCCCCAACACCACAGCUCAGGACCUGUGUGCCCAGUGUGCUGACAAGUUUGAGGUGGCAGAGCCAGAGUCCUACAGCCUGAGUGUGCUGGUGGAGGACCACCACCAACUCCUGGCCCCUGAGGAGUUCCCCCUCCCCAUCAAGUCCAGUCUCCACCACAGUCAGCCCCUCAAGGAGUACUGCUUUGUCUACCGGCCUGGAAGGACAGAGUCAGAAUCCCAGGAGGCAGAAUCCCAGGAGGCAGAAUCCCAGGAGGCAGAAUCCCAGGAGGCAGAAUCCCAGGAGGCAGAAGGACAGGAGGCAGAAUCCCAGGAGGCAGAAUCCCAGGAGGCAGAAUCCCAGGAGGCAGAAUCCCAGGAGGCAGAAUCCCAGGAGGCAGAAGGACAGGAGGCAGAAGGACAGGAGGCAGAAGGACAGAAGGUGGAGAGCAAGGAGCCAGCUCCCGCAGCCGAGCCAGAGCCUGAGAAGGAGGAGAGUCUGAUCGAGAUAUGAUGAGAUCAGUGUGCGGGUGCGUGGGUGUGUGCGUGCGUACAUGCAUGUGUGGGACAAAGGAUCAAGGAGCUGCUCAAGUGAAUACAAUGGCUUCUGCCUCAAUCAUUAUAGCCAUUUUAAAUGAGAUAUUGUUUUUUGCCUUAUACACAACCAUAUAGACAAUGUUUAGGUCUGCCCUUGACAACGUGGAUACAUUCUGAAAGAAGAGAACCUCCAUCAUCUCCUCACCUUGAUCUUCAGGUCUAAAUAUCAAAUCACACAACAGGAGACUCAAGUUUACUUUAGCUUCCAUACAGAUGUGCUCUAUCUUAAUUUGAUCUGUGUCUCACAGCAGGACAAUAAUCAUGCAGCAACAGGAAAUGUGAAUUAUUAUGUGUAUUAUAAUUAAUGGAUAUUUUUGUAGAAAAGUGACACACUUUUCAUUAGGGAAAAUCAAGUCUAAAAUGUUUAGUGGAAAUUACAAACUUUAGAAGCCUUUGAAAAAAAAUUGAAUACACUACAAGUUUGCAUUUCCUGCUGCGCAGGAACCACAGAGUGAUCAAAUUAAGAGAGUACAUCUGUAUGGCUUCUAUUGUAAGUCAUAUUGCUCAGUGAAGAAGACCUACCACCGUCAACUCAUGUCGGACUGGUUCAUACUUCAGACUUUGAAUAUCAUACAGGGGAUCCACACAAGAUCACUUCAGCUUUUAUAUUACUUCUAUGAGAACUAGCGCUGUGAGUCCUGCUUCCUCUUUCUGCAAAGUUGGCCAAAGCUACAGAGAUAAAGAGGAUAUCGUCCUCCUCUAGUUUGAAAGGGCAUAAUAGGCUGUAUAAUUAAACUGUAAUGGAUCCGGAUAAGGAGUCUCUGCCUGCAUCCCAAAUGGCACAUUAUUCCCUAUGUAGUGCACUACUUUUGACCAGGGCCCAUAGUCUGGUCAAAAAUGAAUGCACUAUGUAGGGAAUAGGGUGUUAUUUAGGACACAGUCCAUGUAUCCUGUCCGGACGGUGUUCAUUUUCAUAUAUAACAGAUUUGCUUCUGCCACAGUUCAGAUUGACAAUCAGCUGUUCAUUGGUUUUGUUAAUCGAAUUUAGCAUGACAAUAUCCUUGCCAAUAAUUAUGUCACUGGGUUUAUAUGCUCAAGAAAGACUCUGCGACUCUCUGUACUGUAAAUCCAUUUUUGCUGUGCUGGUUUGUAUACUCUUGUAGCUGUGCUGUGGCCACAUUACAUUGGUGUCCUGUAAGAACUUUUGAUGUCUCAUUCUAGAGGGGUUCUGCUACAAUGCCAUUCAUUUUAAGUUCAAAUCCAAGUCUACCAGGCACUGAUGGUGUACUCUAAUUAUAUUAUAUAGCAUUAUGGCUUUGAUACUUUGAUACUUUGAUUGUUUUCUUUUUAAAAGGUGAAAUGUGAAAUGGUUUAUGUGGAUGUAUCAAGAGAUGAAACCCAGUAAAACAUUGUUUGUUUUAAUAAUUUCAUAAAUUUCAAUAUUUCCCAUUUUAAAUAUUUGGGAGUAAAUAUAUUUCCUUUCUUUGUUAAAACCAUUGCCAGAACUUUAACAGAACUCUAAAAUCAAUUCAAUCUGCCUCAGUAGAUGAAAUAAUAUCCCAGUUGCUUUAACCAGCAGAAUAUCUAUUGUCAAAGUGAAUAUAUUGCCGCGACUGAAUUUCUAUAGUUCAAUGCUUCCCAUGUCUCCCCCUUCUGGAUAUUGGGAUACAGUUCAUAGUGAGGUUAUGAAAUGUUUAGUAUAUGGCAAGUUAUGGCAAAAUUAACAAACUUGCAAAGAGGGAAAGACAUAGGAGGACCCAAGUUUAAAUUGUAUUUCCAGGCACUAGCAUUUUGCCCCAUCCUGUUUGUUUAGAAAUGAUUCUUCUGCCCCCUGGCUGAGUACAGAAAUACAUACUGCCCUGGAAGACCAAUUCUUCACUAAUUUAUCCCUUAAACCAGGGAUCAUCAACUAGACAUCUGGAUCUGGCUGAGUACAGAAAUACAUACUGCCCUGGAAGACCAAUUCUUCACUAACAUAUCCCUUAAACCAGGGAUCAUCAACUAGACAUCUGGAUCUGGCUUAGUACAGAAAUACACACUGCCCUGGAAGACCAAUUCUUCACUAUCAUUUCCCUUAAACCAGGGAUCAUGAACUAGAUUAAGCUGCGGACAGAUCUUUUUAUUUUUCUUGAGCGAUGGUCGGGGCCAGAACAUAAUUAAAAAUAAUUUGUACACUGCUAAUUGACCGCAAGAAGCCCAAACAUAUCUAAUAUUAGACUAAAACAUAAUCAUUUCAAACCUUACUUUAAUUUGCAUCAGUGCUGAGCUAUUUAACCAAUUAUCAAUUUCAAUUAUUUUACGGCUUUUGAACAACUAAUUGACCGACAUCGGUUAAAUUAUUUGGAUUUUUUUUUCCUUCUGUGAGCUCAAUGCACAGUUUCUCUAGAGAUAAAUCAGAUCCAGCCUGAACUCUGCGAUGUAGUAGGGAGUUGUAGUUUCCAACAGGCCAGUAAUGUCACAUCUUCUCCUACUCCUCCCUUCUGGCAUACGAUGUCGCCGACCAACUGUCCUGGGAUUCAUCAUUACGCGCACCUGGCACUCAUCAUUAUGCGCACCUGUUAAUCAUUAUGACUCACACCUGGACUUCAUUACCUUCAUAAUUUCCUCCCCUUUAUAUGGCACUCUCUUGUGUUCAUUCACCAGUUGGUGUUAUUCUUGUGUACCGGUGUGUAGCUACAUGGAAUUUCAGUUUUUGAUUUGUUAAAAAAGUUUGAAAUAUCCAAUAAAUGUCGUUCCACUUCA